UUUAUCCGGAUCAACCAAGGAGAGAGCAGCAUGUGGGAGAGACUGAGCUAGUGAGAAUGAGAGAGAGAGUGUGUGUAGGAGAAAGUGAUGGAGAGAUAGAGUCAGAUUCCACGAGGGAAGGAGAGACACAGCUGGCUUUAAAGGGGAGGGAGUUAAAUGAACAAGUGAGAGAGACAAAGGCAGGGAGGUGUGCAAGGGAAGGGGUGGCAGGGAGAGGUGGCAGAUGAGAUUCUGGACGUAAUGAAAGACAAGAGGGUGAAAGCAGGUAGAACAGGAUGUGACUUGGAGGAAUGAACUGGUGAAUGUCAGAAAGGAAGGUGAAUGGAGAGCAGGAAAUGACAGGCAGCAGAAAUAAGCAGGACCUAUAAGGCUGGUGGUUGGCGGAGAUUCUGCUUCUCCUGGUGGAAGGUGCACAUUCAGCAGCAUCGGCUGUUUCAGCACUGGACAGCGCCAGGCGGAGGGAGAAGAGACUGGGCAGGGAUCUGGCAGCUCAGGAAUGACAGAUACACAGUGGGGAGCCCUACUGAACACAUUAUAUGCAAUAUAUGGAUUUUGGGGGGCUCUAGUGUACUGAGGGAAUUGAAGAACCUAAAGAUGGGGUUGUAGUUUAGCGCUUGCUAAUCCAGAAAGGUUGUUUUGCUCUAAUCCAUUUUUGUUUGGUGAGAGGUGGGGGAUGUGCUGUAGUGUAAGGGGGUAAAUUAUGUAUUAGAUAGAUGCCGCAUGCCCCUCUGACAAGUUUGGGGUGACCUGAGGACAGAAAACCAGCCAGGAAGGGGGGUUCUUUUCGUGCCCUAGCAAGGAGAGAUGCUACAAAGCAGUGCCCGGUAGAAUUAGCCUAAGGUUAGGAGAGGGGAGAAGGAUUGUUCCUCCCCAGUGUCCCAGUUGAGCACGGCGGGGAAAGAGGCAGACGUGAUGGGUGAGUGGACCAUCUUGGAGCGCCUGCUGGAGGCUGCCGUGCAGCAGCACUCUACAAUGAUAGGAAGGAUCCUAUUGACCGUAGUGGUUAUAUUCCGGAUUCUAAUUGUGGCUAUCGUUGGAGAGACAGUCUAUGAAGAUGAGCAGACAAUGUUCAUGUGCAAUACACUUCAACCUGGUUGUAACCAAGCGUGCUAUGAUAGAGCAUUUCCCAUUUCUCACAUUCGCUACUGGGUAUUUCAGAUCAUUUUGGUUUGCACACCCAGUCUCUGCUUCAUUACCUACUCUGUGCACCAGUCAGCCAAGCAGAAAGACCGAAGAUAUUCCUUUCUAUAUCCCUUAUUGGAGAAGGAACUCCCAAGAGAGAACAAAAGAAUUAAAAAUAUUAACGGUAUUCUAGUGCAAAAUCAGGACAUUUCCUCCAAAGAUGAGCCGGACUGCUUGGAGGUCAAGGAAAUUCCAAACACUCCUAAGAAAGCCGUCAAGAGUACAAAAGUCAAGCGUCAGGAGGGAAUUUCUCGAUUCUACAUCAUUCAGGUCUUUUUCAGGAAUGCUCUAGAGAUUGGGUUUUUGGCUGGACAAUAUUUUCUGUAUGGCUUCAGUGUGCCUCCAAUCUUUGAGUGUAACAGAUACCCUUGUGUGAAGGAGGUAGAGUGCUAUGUUUCAAGGCCCACUGAAAAGACUGUCUUCCUAGUCUUUAUGUUUGCUGUCAGUGGCAUCUGUGUUCUCUUAAACUUAGCAGAACUAAACCACCUUGGGUGGAGAAAGAUCAAGACAGCUAUGAGAGGGGUUCAAGCACGAAGAAAGUCAGUCUCCGAUGUACGCAAAAAGGAGCCAUCAACACUGGCCCAGGUUCCUACAUUAGGUAGGACACAGUCCAGCGAGUCGGCUUAUGUUUGACAUCCACUUUGGCAAUUCUUUACUCAAAUGUUUACACAUGUACUUGCUACAUGGUGUAAAAUUAAGUGAAGACAAAACAUCAAAAUAGUGCUAUAUCAAUGUGGUCUUCCAGCCACCUAUAGAGCUCCUCAGGAACUAUGUCGAAAAAGCCUUUAUAAUAAAUAUGCUGCCACCCGUCUUGCAUCCAGUAUGGUGAAGAAGUUUCCAGCAGGAUGGGAUUUAAGCAGCAAGUUUUGUGCAAUUCCUUUAAAGACAGCAUUAACAUUAAUUGUAUAUAAUUCAUUAACACUGCACUCUGGAGCUUAUCUGUUCUCAAGCAGAAGCUUUUUCCUUUAAAGAAUAAUUAAUGAAAACUAAAUGAUCAAGUAUGGUAUGGUCUUUUGCAAUCUACAAAUCCUAAUAUCCCGAGUAAGCUAAUGUUGAUGGGAUCAUUAUUCUGAAACAGAUACAUAGCAAUAUGAUUGCUUAAAAUCUCAUAAUUUAGACAUUAAUGUCUGGCAACCAAAUAACCUGACUCUCUUUUUUAUCAGUGAGGGAAGAACAGUUAUCAACCAUUAUUCAGAUUGGCUUGCAUGCGUAGCUGAAUAAAGAGUCAGAUAACCUGCACUGAGCAUUUACCCAUACCUCCUCCAAUAUCCACCUAUUAAAUAUCUGGUAUGAUUUAUAUAUUAUUAUGAAUUGUGGUAAGGCCUGGUCUGUUUAUGUCUCGCUCUUUCAGAACAAAUUGCUAUGUGUGUGGCCAGCUCAAUGCCCCCCUGCUGAACUGUCUAUCCAGCUGGUGCUGAAUUGCACUUCAUGUCAACCUUGAGUGGCAGCUAAAGAAGAAAUAUGUCUAGAGCUGUUCCUCACUAGCCAAGUACCUGGGUUUGACUUGUUUAGGAGCUCUGGGAUAGUGCACUAACACAGGAAAAGCCAUAAUACAAGAGAGGUAAUUAAAUGCAGGGAACAAAGUAUUUAACGAGGAGGGGGUGUUGAUUCCUCUCACGACUGUUAUAUACCUCUCACCUCCCACGCACCACUAACUCCUCUCUGUUCCUCUCACACAUCACCUGUUCCAAAAACAGAGUUGCCAAUUGCAAAACCUGAUAGAAACACAUUUCGUUUCCUUUCAUCUUAGGUAAUUUCACAUAUAAGUGGCAGGAGAAGGGGGUUGUCUUGUUUUAUGAAAAAAAAACAUGAGAGAAAGUGACUGGAAAACAAUAAGGGAAUAAAAUAGAUUUUAGCAAAAGGUACUUGAAUUGCCAGAUUAAACAUUUCCAUGCAUGAUUCACAGCAAUCUUGCACUAUAACUUUCUGCUGGGCUCCUCAGAGACUAAAAUUAUAGGUGACCAUCUGCAACAUUUAAGAUAUUCCGCCACCACUAGAGUCCUUAGAUAAUGUUUCACAAUUUUAAUUUCACAGAUAUUCUGCAUGAUGUGACUGUAUGUCAACUCUCUAUCUUGAUUUCAUAGCCUCUGGUGUCUUAAAGGUGCCAUGCGCAAAACAAAAAAUGAUGGUCUAUUUCAGGGAUAGCUCUUUCUCUAAAGGGUAACUCUCUGCUUCAGCUCAUAUGAGGACACCAUCGGACAGAAUGCAGCUGGGACAAGCAUGCACAGACACUGCAGAAAUAUCAAUGUAUCUAAUACAUAAGCUCCCACAAGCAGGUGACAGUUUCAGUUCCAUUCUGCCAGGUUUAUUUACUCAAAACCCUGGAUAGAUUCUUUCAUAAAAACUGAUGACCAAGUUGUUUGUUCUGAGAUUGAUGCCCUUUAAAGGAAUAGUUCACCUUUAAGUUAACUUUUAAUAUGUUAUAGAAUGGCCAGUUCUUAGCAACUUUAUAAUUGGUCUUUAUUUUUAAUGAUUUGCAUUUUUCUUCUGAUUUUUUCCAACUCAAAUGGGGGGUCACUGACCCCAGCUGUCAAAAUUCUAUUGCUCUGUGAGACUACAAUUUUAUUGAUAUUGUUACUUUGUAUUACUUAUCUUUCUAAUCAGCCCCUCUCUCAUUCAUAUUCCAGCUUCUCAUUCAAACCACUGCCUUGUUGCUAGGGUUAAGUGAACCCUAGAAUAUAAAGCUCUACAACAUACUAAAAGUUAAUUUAAAGGUGACAACCCCUAUAAGGUAACAGUAAAUGAUAAAUAAGCUGAUCAAAGAUGUUUUUUUUUCAGAUUUUAACAGAAAUGUAGAUAAGGUAGUUUUCCCUAGAAGGUUGGGAAAAGAAUAUUAAGACUCACAUAUAUUAAGUUCUGUGUAGUUCUGUGGUGAUUUCAUACAUCUAUAAAUGCUUGACGACUGUUCAAAACACUUUGUAUUUUAGUGUGACUGUCAUUUUGAUAAGGAAGCAAUUUCUUUGUGCAUGUGCAUGUGAAUCUGUGCAUAGAUUACCCAAUAUUUUGCAUGCAAGUUUUUGCCUCACCUCACCUUCCGAUACAUCAAUGGCCUUCACUCAGUGAGUAAAGCAGCUCUGUAGGGCAUCUAUAAAAUGGUCAUUAGGGAGGCCCAGAAACGUCAGCUAUCAUGCAGUAGUGGCGGUUUGGCAAAAUACAAACCCACACUGAAAGCUACCUUGAUGGGAAUGGUUAAAACAAACAAAAAGACUCAGGACGCUACAGUGUGUCACACACUCACUGAUCUUAAUGGUGCUCUAACACAUUAACCAAAACCCAUCUCAACUCUACAUUACCACACUAGUUGGAUGACAAUGAUCUAUAUUAAUACCUGCUAUUACACCCAAUGUGUGCAGAGAAGCCCCCUACAUUCACAAUUGCACAUGCACAUAGAGGACUGAUAAAGUGCAGACAACCCCAGAGCCAGCCUUCCUCACAUAUCUUUAACAUGAUUCAUGUCAGCUCUACUCUUGUCUGAUGCACAUGCAGUCAGGCAAGUCCAAUACUAAUCCAAGGCCAAAUGCAAUAUUUCUAUGAAGCCAAAAAAAAAAAAAACAUAUCCAUUUUUUAUUCUUUAAUUGGACAGAAGCAAGGAGGGAUAGGUUUCUCAAUAUGAAAUGGUUGGUACUCUACAACCAACUGUUCACUAAUUUUAAGGCAGCUGCAUAUCCAUAGAGACAAAGCAAAAGACAAGUACUGCAUAGCUACCAUAUUCUACUGUAAAUUGAGGCAAUUUUAUCAUCAUGCUUAAUAGGUAGCCUUCUCAUACAGGAAUACAUUUUUGCUUACUGCCUCUAGAGAAGAAAAAUAUACUAAUAUGUACUUAUUGGUACUUAAGAUAAACAUGUCUUACUCAGUUAAGCCAGAAUUCCUUUGGCUGUGUGAUGCAGUUGUCAUAAUGAUGAUCGCAAAUUAUUAAAUGCUGAUUUCUGCAGAAUAAAGAAACCUUUGUCUUAAA